GAGUCAACAAUAAAAUUUUCAGUCAGCUUUGAGACGCAGCAGCCACAGCAGCAACAGUAGUAGAGAAUUUUCCCAACAGGAUGCGGAGUCGCACGGAACUGGUGACCACCACUUUCGAGGAGAGCGACGAGGAGGACUUCAGUCCGGACGAUGACUCCGACUCGGAGGAGGACUGGCGGCCCACCAAGAAGCGUCCGACCAAGCCAGCUGGCACCGAAGGCGGCAGGAAGCGGAAAUCGGCGGCAGUCAAUGCCUCGAAGGCGAAGCGCCGCCUGGCCAAGGUGAGCGACGAGGAGUCCGACGACCAGGAUGACCUAGAAACGGAUCCCAGCGACGACGACUUUGACUUUCCCUCGACGAGCACUUCAAAAAGGCCCCAAAGUCUGCCGCCCAAGAAGCAGUUCGUCAAGCUAAGCCAACUGGAUUUGCUGGUAAAGAAGUCUGAUCUUUUGGAAAACGACUGGCUCAAGAACAAUCGAUUGUGUCUGUGGCGUAAGGACGAGCAGACGAAUCUGCUCCAGAAGUAUCUGCGUGUAAAAUCGGCCUCUGAGGAGGAGGAAAUGCUCUUCACCUCCAGUUCGGUGUAUUCCAGUUGGGAUGACCAGCAGGCGAGCGAUUUCAUAGAGGUCAAAGUCAACUGCUUGGAUCCCAAUAACAGACGCAUUAAACUACACGAUCUAGAGGCGGUUAAGAAAAUCUCUGAGGAAUUGCAAUCGGAGAGGGAAAAAUCGUCAACAUCGGAAAAAGAAGAAGCUUCGGAGGCGGAAGAUGAAUAGCCAGAUGAAGAUGAUUCUUAAACAACUAUUAAA